CGCUCUACUCAACAUGUGUAGCCCUGCUGCRGUGACCAGGACGCUCCGRCUCACAGUUCACCACCGCCAGACACUGUCAGUGGCGCUGGACGGCUUUGUGUCUGGUGGUCGGAGGUUCAAAUCCGGAGCCAGCAGACACUUAGGACAAAAUUUKCAGACAACGAUAGAAACAAGUCCGGAGAAGUACAAAACAAUAGACGAUCUACGUGGACCUAGUUUGGCCACGACGGUGUAUUGGCUGUUCGUGAAGGGAUAUGCAGAUAAGAGCCAUGCGAUGCAGGUUGAACACAAGAAACUGUACGGGCCCAUCUGGCGCUCGCGGUUCGGCCCGUUUGAUGUGGUGAACGUGGCGUCUCCAGAGCUUAUAUCCCAGGUGAUCCGUCAGGAGGGCCGCUACCCGGUCCGGACAGAGCUGCCACACUGGAAGGAGUACCGCGAUAUGAGGGGACAGGCCUAUGGACUCCAUGUGGAUAAAGACCUACAGUGGUACCGUAUCCGUAGUGUCCUGAAUCCAAAGAUGCUGAAGCUAGCGGAGGUAUCUGCGUAUGCGCCUGUCAUCCACCAGGUGGUAGGGGACCUGCUACAGCGUAUUGAGAGGCUACGCCUCCGCAGUCCGGACCACACCACCGUACCAGACCUCACAGCAGAGCUCUACAAGUUUGGCUUUGAAGGGAUCUCUUCCAUCCUGUUUGAGACGCGGCUGGGUUGUCUGCAGGAGGAGAUCCCUAAGGACACGCUGAAGUUCAUCGCUGCAGCCAACGWCAUGCUAACCCUGUCUGAGACCGUCCUCUUCCUCCCGCUCUGGACACGCAACRUCCUGCCCUUCUGGAAACGAUUUAUCCAAGCCUGGGACGACCUGGUGAAUGUAGCUCAGCGUCUGAUUGACCAUAAGUUGGCGCAGAUGGAUGCCCAGGUGCUUGCUGGGAAGCAGGUGGAGGGGAUGUAUCUCACCUACCUGCUGUCCUGUGAUAAACUGACCCUGGGAGAGGUGUACAUCUGCGUCACAGAGCUGUUGCUGGGCGGAGUGGACACGACGUCCAACACCUUGUCGUGGGCAUUGUACCUCUUGGCUCGCGACGCCGCGUCUCAGGACAGGCUGUACCGUGAGAUCAUGUCCGUGUGUCCGGGAAGACAGCAGCCCAGAUCAGAGGACCUGAGCAGGAUGCCCUACCUGAAGGCUGUCAUCAAGGAGACUCUAAGUACCAACACCACCCCUACAGCUCUAUACCCUUCGGGGUGGGCGUGAGAGCCUGUGUGGGCAAGAGAGUGGCAGAGCUAGAGAUGUACUUUGCACUCUCCAGGCUGAUGCAGCAUUAUGAGAUCCAGCCAGAGGAUGGGGCCCCGACCACAGAGCCCAAGACUAGAACACUGCUCAUCCCGUCCAAACCCAUCACCCUGCGCUUCCUACCCCGAGCCUGAGGAGGGUGCCAGGGAGUUAUAGAAAGAGAUUGACAGGAGGGUCUGGUGUUGUGAUGUGAUAACCUCCAGUCCCCUAGAUCCCCUUAAACAUACCCGCAGGAAGUAGUUUGGGGGGGGGCUGAAAAAUAAAGUUUGCUCGUGCUACAGAUAGCUUAUAUUGGUYCGCUAAUACAGGACUAGUAAAGGCCCACUUUUGUGAAAAAAUAAUAUUUUCAAAAAUAUAUAUUUUUUUAAUUAUAAUUUUUCAGGGGGUGCAGCAUCACCCUCAGCACCCAUAUUUCCUGUGGCUAUGCCAUCAAAUCAAAUCUGAUUCAUAUCAGGCAUAUCAGAGGUGUAUGACUGGGACCUUUGUUCUGUUGACCUUUACUACGACGCUAAUACUUACAGAUUGAUCUGCCCCUUAAUAAAUGCACAUUGGUGUUGAGGAGAAAUGUGUGUGUGUGUGUGUGUGUGUGUGUGUGUGUGUGUGUGUGUGUGUGUGUGUGAAGGGCAACAUAAUAUAAUAUCAUUAGAUGCUAAUACACUUUGAAUAUUUGUCUAGGGUAUUGGCCAUUAACCCUUUACUUCAUUAAAAGUCUCUAUGAAAUGUGAACUUGUGUGCCCACAUUGGUUUGCCCUGUCCUACAUUAGCAUUUAACAAGUGCUGGAAACUCUGUGGUCCAUACGAAGAUUAAAAGAUGGGUUUUAUUUACGUUAAA